CCACUCAAAGUAUCACAGAAAAAAACAAAUCCAAAAAGAAGAUGGUUACUCUAUUUAAUACCAAACCAAAUCCAAAUCCAAAUCUAAAUCCAACUAACAACAGUUGGCGCCGACGAUGGCGAGCUCCAGCGGACCACCGCGGUCAUUUUCUCGAAGAGAUACUCGAGCGCCGACGAAGAUGGUGGACGUGCCGAGUGAAGAGAACGUCGUGGCGGAUAGUGAGUUGGUGCCUUCCUCUUUGGCUUCCAUUGCUCCCAUUCUUCGCGUUGCAAAUGAAAUCGAGGAGGAUAACCCCAGAGUGGCCUAUCUAUGCCGCUUCCAUGCAUUUGAGAAGGCUCAUGGGAUGGAUCCAGCAUCAAGUGGACGUGGUGUUCGGCAGUUUAAGACAUAUUUAUUGCAUAAACUUGAAAGGGAGGAAGAAGAAACAAAGCCUCAGCUUGGAAGAAGUGAUCCAAGAGAAAUUCAGUUGUAUUACCAGAAGUUCUAUCAGGAGAAUAUUAAAGAUGGGGAACUCACAAAAAAGCCUGAGGAGAUGGCGAAGAUUUAUCAAAUUGCUACGGUGUUGUAUGAUGUGCUGAAGACAGUAGUCACAGAUCCUAAAAAAAUUGAUGAAGAGACUGAAAAAUAUGCUAGAGAAAUUGAGAGGAAAAGGGAGAAAUAUGUACACUAUAACAUUCUUCCCUUGUAUGCUGUAGGGGUUAAACCAGCUAUCAUGGAAUUUCCUGAGAUCAAAGCGGCACUUAAUGCUAUACGUAAUGUGGAUAAUCUUCCCAUGCCUAGAUUUCAUUCGACAUCAGAUGUUCCUGACACCAUGACUCCGGAAAGAGUUAAAUCUGUGACUGUGAAUGACAUACUUGAUUGGCUUGCUUCACUUUUUGGGUUUCAGCUGAGUAGUGAGACUGUAGAGAAGUUGGUGGAUAAAGUUUUCAAAAAUUAUCGUUCAUGGUGCAAGUAUCUGCAUUGUGAAUCACAUCUAAAGUUUCCUCAAGAUUUUGACAGACAACAGCUAGCGCUUGUUUACAUUUCGCUUUAUCUUCUUAUAUGGGGUGAAGCUUCAAAUAUCCGAUUCAUGCCUGAAUGCAUUUGCUACAUAUUUCAUAAUAUGGCAGAUCAUGUGCAUGGAUCUUUGUUUGGAAAUGUGUCUUCUGUAAGUGGAGGCACAUACCAAACAGCAGCACCAGAUGAAGAAGCAUUUUUAAGGGAUGUUAUAACCCCUAUCUACCAGGUUUUGCAAAAGGAAGCCAGGAGAAACAAAGGAGGAAAGGCAAGCCACUCUAAGUGGAGAAAUUAUGAUGAUCUAAAUGAGUACUUUUGGUCCAGGAAAUGUUUUCAGUUGGGGUGGCCAAUGGACCAUAAUGCAGAUUUUUUUGUCCAUUCAGAUGGGUUGGCAGCAGCAAUUGAGAGACCUAAUCAAGUUACUUUUGGAAAGAGAAAGCCUAAAACUAAUUUUGUUGAAGUCCGAACAUUUUGGCAUCUUUACAGAAGUUUUGACCGGAUGUGGAUAUUCUUUAUCAUGGCUUUUCAGGCCAUGGUGAUCAUUGGAUGGAAUUCUGGUUCUCUUCUUGGCUUAUUUGAUGGGGAUGUCUUCAGAAGUGUAUUAAGCAUUUUCAUCACUUCUGCUUUUCUCAAUUUCCUGAGAGCCACUCUGGAUAUAAUUCUCAGCAUUAAUGCAUGGAGGAGCUUGAAAUUUACACAGAUACUACGUUACAUUUUAAAAUUUGCAGUGGCAGCUGUGUGGGCAGUGGUUUUGCCAAUUGGUUAUUCUAGUUCUGUUCAAAAUCCAACAGGACUCAUAAAGUUCUUCAACAGUUGGGUUAGGGAUUGGAAAGAUCAGUCAUUUUAUAAUUAUGCUGUUGCAAUUUAUUUGAUACCCAAUAUAUUGGCUGUUUUACUAUUUUUUCUUCCACCUUUGCGGAGAACGAUGGAGCGUUCAAACUUGUGGAUUAUCACUCUUAUUAUGUGGUGGGCUCAGCCAAAACUCUAUGUAGGAAGAGGCAUGCAUGAGGACUUCCUAUCACUUCUUAGGUACACUUUGUUUUGGAUCAUGUUGUUAAUCAGCAAGCUGGCAUUCAGCUACUUUGUUGAGAUUUUGCCACUUAUCCAGCCAACAAAGAUUAUCCUGGAAUUGCAUGUGGAUAACUAUGAGUGGCAUGAAUUCUUUCCAAAUGUGACCCAUAACAUUGGGGUUGUUAUUGCAAUAUGGGCUCCUAUUAUCCUGGUUUAUUUCAUGGAUGCUCAAAUAUGGUAUGCCAUAUUCUCUACUCUUUUUGGAGGGGUUCAGGGAGCCUUCAGUCAUUUGGGUGAGAUACGGACACUUGGGAUGUUGCGGUCUCGAUUUGAAUCUGUGCCUAGAGCUUUCAGUCGAACCCUUGAUCCGUUAUCAAAUCAGGGUGCCAAAACGAAACAUCAUGAUGAGUCAGAAGAAAGGAAGAAUAUUGCAAAAUUUUCUCAAGUGUGGAAUGAAUUCAUAUAUUCUAUGCGAGAAGAGGAUCUGAUAAGCAAUAGGGAAAGAGAUUUGCUGCUUGUGCCAUAUGCUUCAAGUGAUGUCUCUGUUGUCCAGUGGCCACCCUUUUUGCUUGCAAGCAAGAUUCCUGUUGCACUAGACAUGGCAAAAGAUUUUAAAAAGAAGGAUGAUGAAGAGUUAUUUAAGAAGAUAAAGGCUGACCCAUAUAUGCAUUCAGCAGUAGUAGAAUGUUAUGAGACUAUCAGAGAUAUAAUAUAUGGCCUUCUGGAAGAUGAAACAGAUAGAAUGAUUGUUAGGUCAAUUUGUUAUGAAGUUGAAUUUAGCAUACGGCAGAAGAACUUUUUGAAUGAAUUUCGGAUGAGUGGGCUGCCUUCACUUAGUAAUAAGUUGGAGCAAUUUCUUGGAGUCUUGCAUACUGAAAAUGCAGAUGUCGGGCAAUACAAAUCUCAGAUAAUCAAUGUUCUCCAAGAUACAAUAGAAAUUAUCAUAAAGGAUGUUAUGGUCAACGGCCACGACAUCAUUGAAAGAGCUCAUUCGCACAGUCAAGAUGUUCAAAAUAGCAAGAAAGAGCAGUGGUUUGAGAGGAUAAAUAUUACCCUUACACACAACAAAUCAUGGAGGGAAAAGGUUGUUAGGCUGUAUUUGCUUCUGACUGAGAAAGAAUCUGCCAUAAAUGUGCCUACAAAUUUAGAAGCUCGGCGACGCAUUACUUUCUUUGCAAACUCCCUAUUUAUGAAUAUGCCAAGUGCUCCAAAAGUCCGUUACAUACUCUCUUUUAGCAUUUUGACUCCAUAUUACAAGGAAGAUGUUCUUUAUUCUGAGGAAGAUCUCCAUAAGGAAAAUGAGGAUGGCAUAUCAAUUUUGUUUUACCUGCAGAAGAUAUAUCCUGGUGAAUGGACCAACUUCCAGGAACGUUUGAAAGAGAACAAGGAUGUUGAAAAGGAGGAACUUCGAAAGUGGGUAUCAUACAGAGCACAAACACUCUCCAGAACAGUGAGAGGGAUGAUGUACCACAGGCUGGCUUUACAACUUCAAUACUUUCUGGAAUUUUCAGGAGAUAAUGCUAUUUUUGGUGGAUAUCGUACUUGGGAACCAAGUGAGCAGGAAUAUAGGGCAUUUGUGGAUCAUGCAGAAGCUCUGGCCAGUUUGAAGUUCACCUAUGUUGUUUCUUGUCAGGUCUAUGGAACUCAGAAAAAAUCAGCUGAUGCUCAAGAUCAUAGUUGUUACACUAAUAUUUUAAAACUCAUGAUAACAUAUCCAUCUCUACGUGUUGCUUAUAUCGAUGAAAGAGAGGAGACUGUGAAUGGAAGAUCUAAGAAGAGUUAUUACUCUGUUCUUGUCAAGGGAGGUGAUAAGUUAGAUGAGGAAAUAUACCGCAUCAAGCUCCCAGGCCCUCCAACAGAAAUUGGUGAAGGGAAGCCUGAAAAUCAAAAUCAUGCAAUUAUUUUUACUCGUGGAGAAGCACUGCAAACCAUAGACAUGAAUCAAGAUAACUACUUUGAAGAGACCUACAAAAUGAGAAAUGUUCUGGAGGAAUUCAUAAAACAUCGUCCCAAGGAUAGGAAACCAACAAUAUUGGGUCUAAGGGAGCAUAUUUUUACUGGAAGUGUUUCUUCACUAGCUUGGUUCAUGUCCAAUCAAGAGACUAGUUUUGUGACUAUAGGUCAACGGAUUUUGGCAAAUCCUCUGAGGGUAAGGUUUCAUUAUGGCCAUCCUGAUAUUUUUGACAGAAUCUUCCACAUAACAAGGGGUGGUAUAAGUAAAGCUUCAAAAAUUAUUAAUUUGAGUGAGGAUAUAUUUGCAGGGUUCAAUUCAACCUUGCGUGGGGGCUAUAUUACACAUCAUGAAUACAUCCAAGUUGGGAAAGGGCGCGAUGUAGGAAUGAAUCAGAUAUCUGCUUUUGAGGCAAAGGUUUCAAAUGGCAAUGGGGAGCAGACACUUAGCCGCGACGUUUAUCGACUUGGACGUCGGUUUGAUUUCUAUAGAAUGCUCUCAUUCUACUUCACAACAGUUGGUUUCUAUUUUAGUAGCAUGGUUACUGUGCUUAUUGUUCAUGUAUUUUUAUAUGGACGUCUAUACAUGGUUAUGAGUGGAUUGCAAGGAGCAAUUCUUCAGAGUCCAAGCAUACAUCAGAGCAAGGCCCUUGAAGAGGCUUUGGCUACCCAGUCUGUCUUCCAGUUGGGCUUGCUGCUGGUGUUGCCCAUGGUUAUGGAAAUUGGCCUGGAAAAAGGCUUCCGUUCUGCUGUAGGUGACUUCAUCAUUAUGCAACUACAGCUGGCUUCUGUAUUCUUUACAUUCCAGCUUGGAACAAAGGCACAUUAUUAUGGACGAACUAUCUUGCAUGGAGGUUCUAAGUAUCGAGCUACUGGUCGUGGGUUUGUUAUUUUCCAUGAAAAGUUUGCCGAAAACUAUAGACUGUACUCACGGAGUCACUUUGUGAAGGGUUUGGAGCUGCUUAUACUCCUAGUCUUGUAUGCAGUCUAUGGGAAACCAUAUCCUACUUCCAGCCUUUAUUGGUUUGUCACGUGGUCCAUGUGGUUCCUUGUUGCAUCAUGGCUGUUUGCUCCUUUUGUGUUUAAUCCAUCAGGGUUUGACUGGCAAAAAACAGUCGAUGACUGGACAGAUUGGAAAAGGUGGAUGGGAAAUCGUGGAGGUAUUGGGAUCCAGCCUGAUAAAAGUUGGGAAUCCUGGUGGGAUGCAGAGCAAGAACACCUCAAACACACAAACAUAAGGGGAAGAGUGCUUGAGAUUAUUCUAGCAUUCCGCUUCUUUAUAUUCCAGUAUGGAAUUGUCUACCACCUGGAUAUAGCUCGUCACAGCAAAGACAUUCUGGUUUAUGUACUGUCUUGGAUUGUUAUGGCAACCGUUCUUCUAGUUUUGAAGAUGGUGUCAACGGGUAGGCGAAGAUUUGGUACUGACUUCCAGCUAAUGUUCAGAAUUCUGAAGGCCCUUCUUUUCCUAGGUUUCUUGUCAGUCAUGUCUGUUCUAUUUGUUGUCUGUGGCCUCACUCUUUCGGAUGUAUUUGCUGCCAUCCUUGCUUUCAUGCCUACUGGAUGGGCAAUUAUUCUUAUUGGACAAGCAAUGAGACCGCUGGUGAAGGGAUUAGGAUUCUGGGACUCAAUAAAGGAGUUGGCAAGGGCCUACGAGUACAUUAUGGGACUCGUACUGUUUGCACCAAUAGCCAUACUGUCUUGGUUCCCAUUCGUUUCAGAGUUCCAAACACGUCUGCUCUUCAACCAAGCAUUUAGUAGGGGCCUGCAGAUUUCAAUGAUUCUGCAAGGGAAGAAAGAUAAAACGUCACCCACACCCAAAUGAUGUUUCUAUGCAUCUCACCUUUCUUUUGAUAGCACCCAAAGGAUUAGUUUUAUUUGUCAAGUUACCUAUGUUGUUACCAAUUCUUUUAUUAAUUACUAUUCCUUCCUUUAGUUAACAGUAAAGUAAAGCUUUCAUU